AUGACGCCGCUCUCACAGGCAGCUAGGAACAACCAUGCUGGGGUAGUUCGUACUCUCCUCAGGCACAAUGCGAGCGUGGAAACCCGCCACCGUUGGGACAGAACCGUGAUCCAUCAUGUGGCCGGGCAAGGCCAUGCGGAAAUGGCCAGGAUCCUAGUUGAAGAGGGCAACGUCGACAUAGAGGCCAAAGACGAGGACGGCUUUACGACGCUUUACUUUGGAUGCAUAUGGGGACAUCACGACGUCGUCAAGCUCAUGCUGGAUUUGGGGGCAGAUCCUCACAUGGGCAUCAAGAUGGAUGAUCCGCCAGAGAAGUGGUCGCCUCUCGUCGCGGCCAUUGACGACGGCUACGAGAAAUGUGUCAUGCUUCUUCUUGAAAAAGGAGCCAACCCCAAUCUUCCAGGUCCCAAGAACCAGUCAGCCUUGUACAUGGCAACACGCGACGGCGAAUCAGACCUGGCCGAGCUGCUAGUAGAAAAGGGCGCCAACGUCAACGAGGUGACCACGGACAACUUGACUCCUUUGUAUUAUGCAGUCCCAAAUUCCGACAUCGUCAAGAUACUGGUCGAAAAGGGGGCCGACCCAAACAGGAGCAAGAAAGGAGGCUUCACCUGCCUCAUGUAUGCUGCUUGGUUCAACCACAGCGAAACUGCAGAGCUGCUCCUGGAGCAUGGCGCCGACAUAGAA